AUGGCACUCUGUCCAGACUUCGACAUUUUCGACCUAUCGAAUGCGUGUGUGCGUUCCUCCUGGGCAGCUAUCAUCCCGAGCGUGUUUGUUUUGGUCACCUUGGCCACACAAUUCACCUUUCCUGUCCCCCAACAGUUGCGACCUAGUCUUUUGGCGCUGAAGCGUCAGUUUACGCCAUUCCUUCCACUUCCUGAGGCGGAGGCUCUGGCUCAGGCGGAGGAUCUGGCUCAAGGGGUUGAAGAGGACAUCGAAAUUGAUAGUCGGACACCUCCCUGGCAACAUUUGGUGCUCUCGUCAAUCGCUCUGCUCGAGUGUGUGGCUUGGCUGGCAAGUGGAGCAUUUAGUGUGGGGCUUGAGCAGCUUGGCUGGCGCGCCAUCCACCAUUUCCUCAUUUCCACGACAUGGCUCUAUGCCUUUACUUUCUCAACCAUGCAAGCCACAGCAACGCCACCUUAUCGUCUUCUUGCACUCUAUGUUAUCCAUUUCUGUGGAGGCUUAUUGCAGGCCAACGGAUGGUUAACUCUCGUCAACUUGAGCUGCAUAACUGUCCUGCUGGUUACUAUCGUGCGAAUGCCUAUGGCUAUACCUUCUAAAUCUACCAGAAGAGACGAGAUAGGCCGGAGUAUCUCACCCGAAGACUACACGUCACUUUGGCGCUGGGUCACCUUCUCCUGGAUCUACCCAAUAAUACAGCGCGGUCUUCGGGUGACUAUCAACGAGUCGGAUGUGUGGAAUCUUUCGCCGACUUUCAGUAGUCAUCCACUGUUUCUAGCAUUCAGUGCUCUUCCUCAGAAGUCGUUGCUUGGUCGAUUAUGGGCUGCCAACUCGUUCGAUAUGAGCAUGGACUUUCUGUUGACCUUGCUGAGCGUCAUACUCAGUUACGCUGGUCCAUUUUUCCUCAAGCGUAUUCUUGACGCAUUUGAAUCUCAAAGUAACAAGCAAGUUGUCUACCUCUACGCCGUUCUCAUUCAUUGCAUAUUGUUAAUCGUGCCACAGUCCCAAUGUGAUCUCAACCAUUUUUGGUUCGGGCGCCGCGCAGGCACUCGCCUGCGCUCCGAACUCAUGGCUGCCAUUUAUGAUAAGGCCCUUAGGCGAGUUGACCUCAGUGGUGCAGUCUCCAACGACAAACAAGAGCAAUCGAGUCCUGGCGCAGACACCGGCAAGAUCGUCAACCUCAUGUCAAGCGACGCCACCCGAAUCUCCACUCAAGUCAUCAACUGGUACAUGAUUUACGGUGCGCCGAUGGAGAUACUCGUCGGCUUCAUCAUGCUGUAUCAACUCCUUGGGUUUUCCGCGUUCACGGGCUUCGUUGCUCUCAUACUUGGCUCGCCUUUGAAUAGCGCUUUCACGCGAAACAACGAACGCAUUCAGAAAGGCAUGCUCAAAGCUCGCGAUGCCCGAAUGGCGUCUGUGACGGAGCUCAUCAGUGCUAUUAAGUUCGUCAAGUUCUUUGCGUGGGAAAAACGAUGGGUGGAUCGUGUGUUUGCUGCUCGUAACAUCGAACUGGGAUGGCUUGUUCAGGCGCGGGUCAAUGGGAUCGGGUUCCUUGGCCUAUGGACACUUACACCGAUCUUGGUUUCUGUCAUUUCGUUCACGACUUUCGUCCUGUUAGGCAAUGAAUUAACGGUGGGAAAAGCCUUCACGGCGAUUGCUUUGUUUGGGAUGAUUCGGCAGCCCCUGAACAUAAUUCCUACUUUUGUCGUCCAGAUUUUACAAACGCGGCUCUCUGUCGACCGCAUCGACGCUUUCCUAAACGAACCGGAGGUAGAGCUCAAGAACGUUCGCUCAACCCCACUCCAGGAAUCGGCUUGGGCUCGUGGGCUUGGCUUCGAUAAUUCCUCGUUCAAGUGGAACGAAAACACGCGAGACCAGAAUGUCGAGACCACCAACUCAGAAACAGACUCCAAUUUUACCAUUGAUGGGAUUUCAGAACGCCAAUUCGAACUCAGAAAUCUAUCAGUGUCAUUUCCGGAGGGAAAAAUUACUGUGGUAACUGGUCCGACUGCAAGUGGAAAGACUGCAUUACUUAUGGCCUUAUUGGGUGAAAUGACUGCCCUUCCCGGUGGCCGUUUGAUGAUGUCGAAAAAUCCCAACAAAAUCGACGACUGGGGGCAUGUGUAUGGCUUUUCAUACGCCGCACAAUCUCCGUGGCUUCGUCAUCAAUCAAUCAAAGACAAUAUUCUAUUCGGUUAUCCCUACGACGAAAAGCGAUACAACGCGGUCAUCGACUGUUGUGCGCUACAUCCAGACCUCGACCUGCUCGAAGACAGAGAUGAUACAGAAAUUGGCGAAAAAGGCGUCAGUCUGUCGGGCGGACAAAAAGCAAGAGUUGCCCUCGCACGUGCAGUGUAUGCUAAGACUCGAUAUGUGCUUCUGGAUGACCCCUUGAGCGCUGUGGACAGCCAUACAUCCCGUGUCUUAUACGAGAAAUGCCUUUGCGGUCCUAUUUUGGCCCAUAGGACGGUUGUGCUGGUCACUCAUCACGUCAAGCUUGUUCUCCCCGCUGCUAACUAUUUGGUCCGAAUGUCCAAUGGCCAAAUCGAGACGCAGGGGUCAGUUUCUGAGUUGCGAGCGCAGAGGAAGCUCGAUCAAAUUACGCAUGACGCCGCGGUUGAGGCUGAGCGGGAAGGUGUCGUCGAAGAACAGGAAACCAGUGCAGCAAUGGGAAGCAACUACAAUUCAGAUGGCGGUCCGAAGAAGGUCCCUCGAAAGUUCAUCGAGGACGAGCACCGUGCGACUGGAGGUGUAAAGCGCCAAGUCUAUAAACGAUAUCUACAAGCCAUGUCGUAUUGGAUAUGGGGUUUCAUGGUCCUUUCGGUCGUUGGCUUACAGUUACUAGGUGUCGCAGAGAAGUUGUGGAUUAAGAUCUGGGGCGAAGCCUACCAGGACAGCGCACUCGAGGUCGAAACAGCGCUGCCAAACGGAGAUUCGUCCAGCUUCCGAUGGCCUACUGCGCAAGAGCAUCCCCUUUUCUACAUCAGCAUAUACUCCGCCAUCGGCUUGGUGACUGUCCUCGUCACUGUCAUCUCAUCUGCAGCUCAGAUGACUGGUGCAUAUCGAGCUGGCCAAACCUUUUUCAAUGCGUUGGUCGUCGGUAUAGUUCGCGCGCCAUUUCGCUUUCAUGAUACAACUCCGCAAGGCAGACUUCUUAAUCGCUUCGGGAAAGACAUGGAAACUAUAGAUUUAUCCAUCGCUACUGCACUUCAACGAGUCAACCAAUAUCUGGGCACUUUUCUCGCUGCCUUCAUCACGAUCACUUUCGUGGCUCCAACAUUCAUAUUCCCCGCUCUCUUUAUUGGAUAUUGUUACUAUCACCUCGCUGUUGGCUACCUUUCAACCGGACGCGAUCUCCGUCGAAUGGAAUCCAAUUCUCGUUCCCCCAUAUUCUCUGAUUUUGCAGAGGUCUUACAGGGCUUGGUUACCAUCAGAGCGUUUGGUGCCGAGAAAAGAUUUCUUGACAAUAUCCACAAUCGGAUUGACAUGACUACAAAGAUGUGGUACACUUUCUGGAUGACAAACGCAUGGCUCCAGCUCAAUUUUGACUUCUUGGGCAGUUUGGCGGUUCUCCUGGCUGCGCUAUUCUCCAUACAUUAUUUAUCGCGCGAUGCGGGUCUUACUGGUUUGGCGAUCACGUCUGCCCUCAAUAUUACAUCAUCAGUCUUCUGGACCUGUUACUUCUGGACUCAGCUCGAGCUAGACUUGAACUCCGUAGAAAGAGUCUCGGAAUAUCUAGAACUGCCCCAAGAGCCACCUGCGAUCAUAGAAUCAAGCCGUCCGCCAGCGUAUUGGCCCUCAACCACCGGCAAUGAUGCUCUCCUAAUUGCCGACAACCUGACUGUCAAGUAUGCACCAGACCUUCCUGCGGUUAUCAAAGACGCGUCGUUUUGUCUGAGAGCUGGUGAACGCAUCGGCAUUCUGGGGAGGACUGGCAGCGGAAAAUCUACACUUGCCAUGAGCAUCCUUCGUUUCACGGACCCUUCCAGCGGACGCAUCAUCAUCGACGGCAUGUCAUGCAUCGAUAUCACCAAGAUCGGAGUAGAGGAUUUGCGGUCUAGAUUGACAUACAUUCCUCAAGAUGCAGCACUCUUUUCAGGAAGCCUCAGAGAGAACCUCGAUCCUUUCGGCGAGCAUACGGAUGCAGCUUGUCAGGAGGUUCUUCACCGUGUCCACCUUACAACAGCAUCCUCUCAACCUAUUCAUGGAGUUGCUACUGGUGAGCAUCCGGCAUUCAGCACAGCGACAACAGAGGAGGAUUCCAAAGUACACCUGUCCCUUGACACUCCCAUUUCGGUUGGCGGGACAAACUUCUCGCAGGGGCAGCGACAGCUUAUUGCGAUGGCACGAGCAUUACUGAGGAAGAGUGCAAUCGUUUUGCUGGAUGAGGCGACAAGCAGUGUCGACUUCGAGACCGAUGGCAAAAUCCAGAUGACCAUUCGUGAAGAAUUCACGCAGUCGUUACUUCUUACAAUUGCCCAUCGGCUCAAAACCAUAAUUGACUACGACAGACUGCUGGUCCUCGACAAGGGCAGGAUAGUAGAGUUCGACACACCACAUGUCCUGAUUCGGAAAGAGGGUGGGAUUUUCCGGGAAAUGUGUCGGAAGAGCGGGUACUUCGAAGAGUUGGACGCUGCUGCGAAAGAGGCAUCGGCCGAUCUCAGUAGAUGA